CUGCGCUCGGCUUAAUUAACAGUUUUUUCAGGUUGCUUUGUGUGUGGAUACCGACUGAUUCACUCCUGCAAACUGUUCAGAAAAGAAGAAAAAGCGAGGCCCACAUUAACAGCUCAGCUCUUAGAUCAGUGCAUCCCUGUAAGAAAAGGGCGUCCAAAAUGCCUCGUAGCCACAGCUUGAGUUAGCCAGUGCUAGCUAGUUCUAGUUUGAGCGGCGGUCAGCGCAUGGCUACGCAGAAACCAGUUCUGACUCUCUCCCACGCAGACUCUUGACAUGGGGAGUAAAAUGUCCUUCAGCAGAGGAAGCAGUGACCAAAAUACAGUCUCUGAGUUAACUUCUGUGGCACCUCAACCUCGCAGUUCCAAUCAUGCCUCUUCGGACUGCAAGCAGAUACCCGAAGGUAAGACAUGCAGUGAGGGAGACGUGGACUCCAGGCGGGGAGAUAAAAUGAAAGGGACGGCGUUGAAACAGCCUGGGAGCAGGGAGUCUGAUGUUCAUGUCAGCUCUGAAAGAGCUGGUGAGAGAAACUGUCAGCGCAGUGAGGCAGUGCCCUCGCAGGCAGAGGUGGAAGCAAAAUCUCUGACUCCUGCUAGCGUGUGCAGCUCUACAACAGACAGCCAAGGGAAGCCCGUGAUCAUCCACAAGAAACGUGGGAGACCCCGUAAAAUCAAACCAGCCCCGACUGAAGACAAAAGAGGUCCAGAUGCUGUUCAGCAUAAGGAAGUUAGCACCACCAUACCUUUGCCAGCAAGUGUGGAAAACCACAACAGUGACAAUUUGCCUUACGCUGUGGAUAGUAAGUUAAUAAAUAGUGUGGCUCAUAAUGAGAUGCCCGCUCCUCAGCCUGUCCUGGAUAACAACGUACAAGUCGCUGCUCCUUUGCUGCCAAAAAGAAGACCAGGAAGGCCAAGAAAAUCAGAAAUGGCAGCUUUUCAAAACCAGGUUUCUAUGGCUGCUCCUGGUCCUCAUGCUAAUAAGUUUAGCAGUCCUGCACGAACACUGAGGAGUAGGGUGGAGCAACCUACUUUGAUGCAGGAUGAUAAGUUAGACUCUCAUAGCAAGAAGGACAAGGAGGAUCUAAAACAAACUGAAGCGGGGACUACAGAAAGUACUCGUACACCCAACUCUAAAGGUGUGAAGAGACGAAGGACUAAGUUGCAAAUUGAUCAGCAACUUCCAGCAAAAGUGUCCAAGCUGGAUGAAUCCCAGGAGGCCUUGCUGGUGUUGAGCACUGACUGCGGAAAAAGCACAGAGACAGAAAAACAGGUGGACACUGACAAACGUGAGACUGAUUCAGAUGUGAGGAAUGAUCAGCUCCACCUGCAUUCUGGGGAAGGACUAGAGCAGGAGAAGCAACGAGACAAAACUGCAUUACCAAAAGCAGAGGUGAAUUCCCAGCCUGAGCCUGAAGCUAUUCCUUCAGACAGCUUGAAAGAAUCUGAUUUGCCAAACCCAACUCAGACUGAUAACCUUAAAGUAAAUCAGUCAUUGGACAUAAAUGGCAGCGAGGAGUCACCAUCAGAAACACCAGACUUCUCAGAGUCUCCAGCAGAUGCAGAGCUGCCAAAGGCAAAGCCCUCUAGCACAGAUACCCUGACUCCCCCUGAUCAAACCCGGAAAUCUAUUGGGGCCGCGUUUGCUGUCAAAGCUGAGAAUUUAGAGCUAGAGCUGGAGCAUUUAAAACCUGCGCCCAGGUCAAAUAGCCCCAAUUCUUCCCAGCACAGCACCACUCCCUUAGUUAAAUCUGAGGUUCCAAAUGUUGUUUUUCGACGCAAAAGAGGUGGUAAGAGGAGGAGGAUGGUAAACAAGGUUUUAUCACCAAGAGAGCGUCUUGUAGAGAACCACGAAGCGGCUGGUGACACCCAACCAAAAACAAACUGCGGUGAUGAGGAAAAGGAAACUAACGCCAGUGUUGGCGAAAAUGUCAUCUAUACUAAAAAGGGGGGUAAAACCCUGUUGAAAUGUGGUUACUGUGGUCGUACUUUUAAGUUUCUGUCUCAGUUCGUCAUCCAUCAGCGCAUUCAUACAGGAGAGAGGCCGUUCAAGUGUUCAGAGUGUGGCAAGGGUUUUAGCAAAAACUCUAACUUAAAUCUUCAUCUCAAGACCCACAGAAAGAGCAACAUAUAUCAGAAGUGCCCAUAUUGCAAGAUUAAAUUCUCUUGCUCUGAGUACGCUGCACAUAUGGAAGUGCACGCACACGAGCUGAACGAGGAGUGUAAGAACAGCAAGGCUGAGGAACAGAGCAGAGAACCAGCAGAGGAAAGCAGCAGGGAGCUGCAAAGAGCAGUGGAAAAAAGAGAGAAAAAAGUCUGCCAGUACUGUGGCAAAUCAUUCCCAUUUCAGUCGGCGCUCAUAAGACACGUCCGAGUCCACACAGGAGAGAAGCCUUAUAAGUGCGACAUCUGUGGCAAAGCUUUCGGGCAGGCCUAUUUCCUCCGUGUUCACGAGCUCACGCAUUGGUCUGUGAAGCGUUACAACUGCACCCAUUGUGAAAAAUCAUUUACUCACUACAGCAAUGCAAAAAAUCACUCAUGUAGACCUUUGGGAAGCGAUGACAACGCGCAAGCACACAGACGCCCAAAGCCUUCGCUAACGUACACAUGCCACAUCUGCAAGAAUGUUUUUGACCAUUUGCAGGAGUUCAACAGCCACAUGCGAGAGCACACCGGCGCAAAGCUUUAUCGCUGCUUGUACUGCGACAAGCUGUUUGGUGUGCUGUCUGAAUUCAACGCCCAUCGCAGUCAGUGCAGCGUGGAAAAAAAUGCCUCCAGCUCUGCGAUUAAGGAGGAGGAGACGGUGUCGUUAAUUCAGUACACAGUGCCUGCGCUCAGGUGCUCUUCGGCGCACAAUUCAGCUCUGGUGGCAGCUGCCAGCUGUGAAACACAGAAGAAACAGCCACAGAUCAUCCACAAGAAGCGCUCCAACAACUUGAAAAAACCGUUCCAGUCCACGGUCAUACCAGCUCACAGUCUCUCACACCUAGUGUCAAAGUUAAACAAAGUAGACAACAGAUCAGAUCCCAGGAGAUAUCUGUGCCCAAACUGUGGGCGACUCUUCAGACACAUGGGCAGGCUCAGAGCCCACAUGCUCACACACGCCCCAGGUCAAAGCUACACCUGUGCCUGCUGUGGUAAAACACUAGGAAGCUGGAAAAAGUUGUGGCACCAUCAGAGAAUUCAUCGUCACAGGGAUGGCCGCUUUACGUGUCCUCAAUGCGGGCAAGGUUUUCGGUUUGUAGAGCCUUACAAAAAACACAUGAGUGAGCACCCAGAGUUCCAGUGGGUUCAAGUCAGGCCCAAGAAAGUGUUUCUGCCUUAUCAAUGCGAGCGCUGCAGGUGCAGCUUUAAAACUCUAGACAUGCUGUUUAGUCACCAGCUCUGCCAUUCCUCAACGCAAGACAUACGCAAAGACUCUGAUUUUGAUUUAUCAGUAGAUGAUCGCAAUGCACCAUCAAACACGAAAACGCUAAACCCUCCCACCAAUAAUGGCAUAGAAACAUUACGCCAAGCUUCUGAGGAAAUUAAAUCUCUCUCAGAUCCCUUAUCUAAAUAUCCAGACCCAGUUUUUCAGGAAUCAAUUGUGACUUCCUGUGUUCAAAGCCAGGAUCCUGAUUUGGGUAAUUCUUCUGAGCAUCCCAGCAGGGCAAAUGUAGUGCAAGAUAAAGAGGCCAGUUGUGACAGUGUAUGUAAAAAUGGACUUGGAAAACCCAUUACCCCUUUAAGAACUGUGAAGAAACACGUGACUCAGAAUGCCAGCAUGUCAAAUGAAAAGCCUUCAGACGGUGUGAGCUGUGCUGUGUGUGGAAGUUCCUACGCAGCCAUUUCAGACCUUUAUCAGCAUUAUUUGCAGCACGCUAGAGGCCAGGUGUAAUGACUUUAAAUCAAAAUACAUUUCAAUGGCCAUCAACGUUCUGUGCCCAUCACGUUUUUCCACUCUGGGGUCCUUGUAAUCCUGUAUUAAGCUACAUUUCCACACAAAUGUCCCAGGAAAUUUCAAGGCACAAAAACCUUUCUUCAGACUGUUGGUCGUCUGCAUUUCCACCAUGAUUUAAAGAGCUGUGAAGAUUAGGCAAAUUAGGCAUGCCACUAUAUUGCAGAUCACUACUUCAGCGUAGAGCACACUAAAAUGUUGAUGUUGUAAUGUGAAAUGAGGGAGGUGAGCGCACAAUUCUUUGUCACUAAAGAGACAUGCAGUCAUCACAAAGUGCAUUCAAAAUGUUAGAUUGAACAUAUUUUGUGAGGUAUUGCAGCAUAUUGUGAUGUGAGUGAGAAGUGCAGUAGUUGCAGACAUGAACCAAAGCCCCAUUCACAGUAAUACCGCUUAGAAAGGAUGUUUUGUUAGGUUAAAUAUUUCCUCAAAACUCUAAAAUAUUGCCGGGUCCCUGGAAAACAUCCUGAUUUACUCCGCAGGUUCCUUAUUCUUUGGGAAACCUGUGGUGGAAAUGCAGCUUUAGAUAAAUCCCCAAAAGUAGAUUAUGUUUAUCUGGACGUAGAGCUUUCAGUGGGAGAAAUGUUUCAUCACUAAUCCAAGCGACUUCUUGGGUCUCAGCUCAAUGCAGGUUUUGUUGGGUUCAUUUUAUGAGAGAAGACAAAUAUGCAAAGUACAUUUUCUUAAGUUUAUUAAGCAGUUAAAGGUUCAAGUUAAAAACAGCUGUGGAAACACAAAUGUACUGUUUAAUAUGUUGGGGAAACCUGCAGUCAGCUGAGACUGAAGAAGUCACUUGGAUGUCACACUGAAAACACCACGUCCAGAUGAACUGAAUCAACUUUUUGGGAUUUCCUUACCUGGAUGAUUCAGCAUUCUCAAGACAGCUUUGAAUAAAUCUAUUGAAAUGUUGUUGCACACCUGGGAAACUUAGACACUCAAGUGACUUGGAAGAUUAUGCUCUAAUCGUUUAGUCAGCUGUUUGUCAGGUUUAGGUUUCAGUAUUCUGUAAUUAAAUUCGUAUAAAAUGAACAGAAGACAUGUAGAUAAAGAGAGACGUGCAAAUUUGAUACGAGUGCUCUGUGUCAAAUUCAGUUUAACCAGAAGCCACCCUGGGAUUAUGCAUUAUGCCUAUUUCGCGGCAGCCACAGCAGAUAGUAGGGAGACACAAGUGUCACUAAUCUAAACACAUUAUUAAAGCUUCCUGUCUGUUUAGCCACUAUUUUAAGUCAAAUGGCUGCUGUGAAAUAGGCCUGUUGGAUACAUGUUUAUGAUUUUAGAAAUUUUACUUGAUGUAAAAUUUCUAAAAUCAUAAAGAGAGUGGUCCUUGGAUGGUUUUUGUUUUUCUUUUGAGCACAAUAUUCACUAUUCUUUUGAACCAUCACAUUCUUGCCGCCCUACAUCUUUCUCAUUUUACAAAUUGGAGAAAAUACACUGUGCUCUGUGGUGGUGGGUAGGGGGGGGGCACAGUACUGCCCCCACUAAUGAGGCAUGGAUUGACUGACUAACAAGUAAAUACAACAUAUUGGACAUUGACACUGUGGGUUCAGUAUUAAAAUCUACUUCAUGCAGAUGUUUUCUUGGCUGUUACAGUGUACCGAUUACAAUUUUGUUUUGGUCCACAACAAUAACGUGUUCUGGCAUUUUGUAUUUACAUUUUAAGAGUGACUAUCAGUUUUACUCAUGAAUCAUUUUGUGAGCCUGUGUGAUAAACUGAAUUAUUGCAAAGUUUUUCAAUAAAUACUGAAAAACACACGUUCCUCAUUUGUUGAGCCAAGCUUGUUUUGUUGAACGACGAUCACUGUUUACAGCUUUUGGAAAAGAUGCUUUUUCAUGCUUUGUGUUUAUGUCACGCUUGAGUUCAGUGGAGUCCUUUAAAGCAGCGGUCCCCAACCUUUUUUGCACCACGGACCGGUUUAAUGUCAGACAAUAUUUUCACAGACCGGCCUUUAAGGCCGCGGAUGAAUACAACAAAAUAAAAUGAUACGACCAAAAUAAAAACUGGUAUUUCGUAAAUAUAAUAAUAAACGUGAAUUCACUGUAUAAUUGUCUAAUUUUAUUAGCAGCUAACAAUAAAAACCCUGAAAACCAUGAAUUUCACACCCGAGCCUCUCUUGGUCCAGUACUGGUCCGUGGCCCAGGGGUUGGGGACCGCUGCUUUAAAGAAUUAACAAUUCAAAACAGUUUCUGAAUGGACACCUUGCAGUGUUGUAAAUAAUUGUCUUCUAUAGUUUGUCUUAAUAAAAUAAACAUCACUUUUCUAA